AAAUCUCCAAUUUAUUCAACUGGAGGUUUUGACAAAAUGAAUAAAAAGUUAACAAGACUUACUACUUGUUGUUGCUGCUAUUUCAAGCAAACGGAGCGCAGAGAGCAUUACUGUACGGGACUGCGCAGCUCGUCUUCUGCUCAUUUUGCGGCUGGAUGUGGAACAAGAUGAUUAAGUUUUUAUUGACGCUUCUUUUCUGUCUCCUUUCAUCAGCUGAGAAACAUUUUCUGAAGAUUUACUACUCUGGAUCUUCGGGACUCCCACACUUCUCUCAGUUUGAGGUUGUUGCGGAGGUUGACGGAUCUCUGGUCGCUUAUUGCAACCGGACAGAUUUUAGAAUAACACAAGACUGGGUGAAGAAAAUUUUUGAUGAUGAUGUGGAACUGUUCACCUUUUUCAAGAUGAAGUGUUAUCAAACUCUACCGAACGUACUUCAGGCCAGGAUUUCUGAUUUGAAACAAAGAUUCAAACAGCCUGAAGGUGUCCAUGUAUUCCAGUGGAUUGAUUCCUGUGGCUGGGAUACAGAGACUGAAGAGCUCUUCAGUGUUUUGCAGUAUGGUUAUAAUGGAGAAGACUUCAUUGCUCUGGACGUGGAGAAGCUGUCAUGGAUUGCUCUAAAACAAGAAGCCAUCCCCACCAAACUGGCCUGGGACUCUGACAGAGCUAGAUUUGACAUUAAUAAGAUAUUCAUCUCUCAGUUGUGCCCUGGUUGGCUGAAGAGAUCUUUGGACUAUGGGAGAAACUUUCUGAUGAGAACAGAGCUUCCCUCUCUGUCUGUUCUGCAGACGUCUCCCUCUGCUCCAGUCUCCUGCCACGCUACAGGUUUCUAUCCUGACAAAGCCAGGCUGUUCUGGAGGAAAGAUGGAGAGGAGAUUCAUCAGUUCAUGAACCAUGAGGAGAUCCUUCCCAACAACGAUGGGACCUUCCAGAUGAGUGCAGACCUGCAUGUUUCCUCAGUCGUUGUUGCAGACUGGUGGAGAUAUGACUGUGUUUUCCAGUUCCUUGAUGCUGAAGACAAAAUCAUCCUCAGACUGGAUGAAGCAGCGAUUAAAACCAACAAGAUGAAUCCCAGUAACGUUGCCUUCUUCACCACCGUCGUUGGAAUAUUUAUUUGUGCUUUGAUUGCCAUGAUUGUCGCAUAUCUUUAUCGCAAAAGGAUAAAAGCUCUUGAAAGAGACUCUGAUAUCUCUGAGAAGCAGAACCUAAAGAACUGAACCUACAACUCAAGAAGUGGAUUUACGUUUUUUAAAUUAUUUUCUUUCUUGGCUUUCUUUUGUAGCUUACAUUAAUUGUAAAUAGCUGAGCAAAGACCAGAGACUGGGAUCCACUAAAUUUUACAAUCCUAAUUAUAAUUUACUAAGUCUGAGAAGCCAAGUUCUCAUCUUUUGAUGUAGAAAUAUUUCUGAAUAUCAGUACAAGUUUUGAUUUUACUCAGGGAGUUUAUUUCCAUUUUUGGAGGACGCUUUAAUGCACUUGUUAAUAAUUGUACUACUGUUGCUUAAACUUAUAUUUCAGUUUAUAAAAUUGUUAAUUUGUGAGGCUACAAAUAGUUUGUAUUGUAGUGUUAUACUUCUUCCGUUUUAUAGCUAACACUUACUGUAAACUUUAAUCCUGUUGGGGAAAAAAAUAAACAUUUAAAAAAUGUUUGUUCUGAAGACUUAGAAUUUUUAUAAUAUAUUCUCUUUUUAUUGCAAUGAGAAUGUAUGUUUAUUUAUGCUUUGUUAUGCUCCCAUCUCCCCAAACUGGUCUUCUUUGUGUUUAAAUUCACAACAAAACAUCCCUAACAAAAUAUAUAUUUUUAAAAAACUUGGAUGCUGUAGAGUUAAAUUAUUUUGUCUCUAGGAAAAGAGGGAGCAGUUCUUCAACAGAGAUACAAAAAUAGUUCCACAAAAGAUAGUAUUGUUACUUAAAACAAGAGCAAAAACUUAUGUUACACCAAAGCAUAAUUUGUAUUUAGUCUAAGUUAUGUUCAUGGCCAGACAAUAUAAAUGCCUCUGGAUUUCUUUUGAAGACCAAAAAUAGACACAUGACAACCUGAUCAGCCAGACUGGGAGCAGCUAAAAUGACUCACAGCCAGAUAGAAAUGUAAAAACAAAAUUCCAGCUGCAUUCCAGGAACUGAUAGAACAUCUGAUUACUCCUCACACCUCACCAGUAAUGUGGGAACUGACUUAAAAAAACUUUUCCAAAUCCAAAGAUUGUGCCUGUUACUCUUUUGUUUUAGUUUGUAUUACAUGUUCUUCCGCUAGGUGGCACUGUUAUGCUAGGAGUAUAUGUUUUUGCGUUUGUACUCUUCUUCAGUUGGAGUCGUCUGUUCGUGUGUCGAACUUGGGUGCAAAUAAAUGGGAAUAAAUGGGUGCAAAGAAACAAGUCAUUUUUUACUGACUAACAGUUUCUUAGCUUACCCACAAAUCUAUAUUGUGUUUUUCUAAAGAAAGUUAUUUUAAACUGUAAAUUCACCUCCAUGUAAAGAGUUUCAACCACUCAGAAACAAAACCGUCAUUGGAUCAAAACCAGAUUUCACUUAUGAAGUGAAAUCUGGUUUCACUUCACAUGUUCAUCCCUACCUGAUGUAAUUACAUAUGUAUUCAAGUAUUUCACAGUAUCUCACAUGAAGAAAUUAUGGUUUGCUGAUCGUGUGUCUGGAUUAAACUUCUUAGUGAGUUCAAGCUACACAGGAGCUAAAAGAUGAUAAAUAGUAACAAUACGGCUAAAUCAGUGAAAGGAUUGAUGCACUUCACAAAACGCUCCUUUGUUCUUCUGUUUCUUUAUCAGAUCCUCUGUUCUCUGUCACCAG